UCAAACAGUUAAACUAAUGAGAAAAUAAAGUAAUGGAUAAUGAGAAAAGUUGUGGCUCUGUGACUGUGAGUGCUUUUUAGGUUGAACUAUCUUGUUCACGUUCUGUUUGUCCCUUCUCUCCCUUUCAGAAUCCUUUGUAGUGGGAUCUAGGGAAUUAGAGCUGUUGAGAGAAUGAACUAAAAGUUUGGAAGGUAGCAAGAGGAAAAAUGGCGACCGAGAAGCUUAGUGCCAGAGGAGGCCAGGCAUGGUUCUGCACAACUGGACUGGCCAGCGAUGUCGUUAUCGAAGUUGACGAGAUGAGCUUUCAUCUCCACAAGUUUCCAUUGAUGUCGAAAAGCAAGAAGCUUCACCUACUGAUAGCGCAAAGAGAGCAGAAGCAAGAAAAUGGAGGAGAAGAGAACGAGGAGGAGAUUAGGGAGGAGGAGCUUCACCGAAUUACCUUGCCGGACUUCCCCGGCAGCGCCGAGACCUUCGAGGUGGCCGCCAAGUUCUGCUACGGCGUCAAGGUGGAGCUCAACGCUUGGACCGUCGCGCCGCUGCGCUGUGCGGCGGAGUACCUCGAGAUGACAGAGGAAAUGAUGGAGGAGAACCUCAUCUCCCGGACGGAGCGAUAUCUCACCCAAUCCGUGCUCCGGAACAUCAAGGAAUCGAUCAGGGCGCUGAAGUCCUGCGAGGAUCUCAUGCCGCUCGCUGAGGAUCUCGGGAUCCCCCAGCGCUGUGUGGAUGCCAUCGCCGCCCGCGCCUGCUCCUCCGAUCCCACCUCUCUCUUCGGCUGGCCGAUUUCCAACGGCUCCGAUCCCAAAGACCCAGAAACCGCCAGUGUCCUCUGGAACGGGAUCGACACAGGCGCCCGCCGCAAGAUCAGCAGCCGCUCCGCCGCCGCCGCAGCGGCCGACUCCUGGUUCGAAGACCUCACCAUCCUCAGCCUCCCGAUCUACAAGCGCGUGAUCGCCGCCAUGAAAUCUCGAGAUCCAAACCCUAGCGCCAUCGAAAGCUCAUUGAUCUCCUACGCGAAGAGCUCCAUUCCCGGUCUCUCGCGCUCCAACCGGAAACCCUCGUCGGCGCCAUUGACAUCGGAGACGGAGCAGCGUGAGCUUCUAGAGACCGUAAUUACGAAUUUGCCCCUGGAUAAGGGCUCGGGCCUGGUAUCGGGUCGGGUCACUCCAAGGUUUUUGUUCGGGCUUCUGAGGACGGUGAACAUCCUUCGCGCUUCGGACGCCUCGAGAUCAGCGAUCGAGAUGAUGAUCGGUUCACAGCUCGAGAAGGCAACGCUGGAUGAUCUUUUGAUACCGAGUUAUUCUUACCUGGUUGACACGCUGUAUGACGUGGAGUGCGUGGAGAGGAUCGUGAGGCACUUCGUCGAGCGCCACGUGGAAAGAUCGACGGUCGAGGAUGAUCGUGCCGGAAUUGAGUCACCGGCCGGUAAUGAUACCGCGGUCAUGACGGUGGGGAGACUCGUGGACGGUUAUCUCGCCGAGAUCGCAUCCGACGCGAAUCUUAAAGUUGAGAAGUUCUGUGAUCUGGCGUUGGUGCUGCCGGACAACGCUAGAGUUUACGAUGAUGGCCUUUAUCGCGCCGUUGAUCUCUAUCUGAAGGCGCACCCAAUGCUAACAGAGGCCGAGAGGGAAAAGGUAUGCGCGGUGUUAGACUACCACAAGCUCACACUCGAAGCGUGCACGCACGCGGCACAAAACGAAAGGCUUCCACUGCGCGCAGUAGUCCAAGUGCUUUUCUUCGAACAACUCCAACUCCGCCGCGCAGUGGCCGGCACAGUGCUCGCCUCGGACACGAUCGUGCUCCGCACACCCGAGCGCGCCGGCGCAUCAUCGAGCGCGCAGCCCGAAGACAGCGCUGUUGCUCGAGAGGGCGGAGUGGCGUGGCGCGAGACGGUGAGAGAGAACCAAGUGUUGAAGUUGGACAUGGAUAGCAUGCGCGCGCGAGUGCGUGAGCUCGAGCGUGAGUGCGCGCGGAUGAAGCGCGCGCUCGAGAGGAUGGGCCGGGGAGCUCGAGUGAAAGGGUUGGGUUUGAUCACGAAGAGGUUUGGGUGUCGGUUUGGGGCUCAGGCUUGUGAUUCGCGUGAUCUGACGGUUGUGGCGUCUGAGAGGAAACCUGGGACGCCUCGUACGCCGUAGAUUUUGUUUGUGGGCCCGGGGUCUGGUUUUUGGUCGGGUUUUGGUGUGUUGUUGUAUUUUAGGUUGAAUUAGAAUUAGUUUUUUUUUUAAUUUAAAAAAAGAAAAAGAAAAACCAAGUAGUUUUAUUUUUAAAGGGUGGGAUUGUUAGAUAUUAAUCUCAUUUAAUUGAAAAAAAAAAAAAAUCUAGUUCGCAAAUAUAGUGUUAAUCUUGUUUGGUUCCAGAAACAAGGUAUUCCAUGAUUCUCGUCUAUCAGAUCUGGACACGUAUAAUGUUAUUUUUUUUUAUGUUGUAAUUGAGAGACACACAAAAUAAAUCUGG